AUGAAAAUCACAAACGAUCAUGCUUUGAUACAGAUUGAAGGUCUGAUCUUCAAUCUCAAGAUUGAUGGUUUCAAAUUGCGAGUGAAGUUCCCGGGACAUUUACAUCUACGUCAAGUCAUCCAACUAGGCGUCCCUCUGAAAGAGAACAGCAUGGUUCGCGGCCACCAGGCCCACCCUCGCAACAAGGUUUCCCGAGACGAGAAAUCGUAUAUGGAAUCUUCACAGAAGAGAAAAGAAACACAAGAGCGAGUUCCGUCUGGGAGGGAGCUGCGCUGCGAGGUUUUCCUGAACUACGGUUCUUCUUGCUUUAUGGAAGGCUGCGGCUACUACAAUGAGCAUGCUGUCCCCAAAACGUACCUACACUUUUUUGUCUUUGCCGAAAUGAGCGAAUUCCUGUCUUUCUUCUCUCUUGAUAGUUGGCUGGAGCAUUGUAGUCAGACAAAAUCAGAUCACUGCUUCCGAUUUGUCAGUGAAUAUGAGUUGUCAGAUGUCAUCUCUUUCUUAUACAAUGUUGUAUCCCCAGUCUACUUGACGUGA